ACCAGCUACGUGGAGCUCAUCUCGACGGACGCGGAGGCGCAGAGGCCGACGUGGUUCGCCUCGCACUGCUGGUCGGAGGCGAUCUACAGCUUUGUCAUGUGCGUCGAGGAGCACCAGGAUCGCCGCAACCGCGGGACGGACGUGGGCGACGAGGCCGCCAUUUGGGUCUGCGCCUACGCCAACAACCAGCACGAGCUGGGCACCGAGAUAGGGUGCGACCCAAAGGACAGCGCGUUCUUCCGGGCCAUCGCGCUGUGCCGCGGGGUCCUGCUGAUCCUGGACGCGGAGGCGGAGCCGUUCGAGAG